AUGGCUCAGAGAAAAGGACGAAGUGGGCUGCAGCAGCGAGCUGCAGAGCACCAGCCCAAUGCGAGACGGUCGAUGGUCGCGUGUAACCGAUGCCGCAACAGAAAGACCCGGUGUGCUGGCAACCCACCCUAUCCAUGUGCUGCAUGUGCAGAGGUGGGCCAACAGUGUGUCUACUCGGAAGCUGAGAAGCGCGUCUCGAUUCCCGAAAGCUACUUUCGUCAACUUCGCGCCCAGGCACAGGCCAGCCGUCGAGAUGAAGGUCGCCCACUGUCUCUCCCCAACCCCCCUACGUCCAUCCAGAGCAGUCCCUACAAUAAUGUGGAGGUGCCUCUCGAGCGAGAUGACUGGUGGUACAACGAGACAGGGCACGUCUUCUUGAAUCGGUCAGGAGAACAUCAUUAUGUCGGGGCAUCUUCCACCACCCAUUUGGCGAAAUGCCUAAAUCCCUCAUCAACCAACUUAGCAUUGGAUAUGCGGCCAUUGUACGAUGACCCUCUAUCUCUACGUCGCUCGGCUCCUCGGGUUCUACCCCAAUUACCCCCAUUCGAGUACGCUAAACGACUGUACUGGGUACAGUAUGUCUAUAUUGGAACAAUAUUUUCCCUGAUUCAGCCCCAUGAUUUCGAAGAGCGACUCCAUCUCGUUUACAGCCAACCUCCAGACGCACUCAGUCGAGAGUCGUGUCUAGUCUACUGCCAGGUCUUACUAGUCAUAGCCUUCGGCCUGAUGUAUUCGGUGAACCAAUGGUCUGGAGAUGACGGGCCUCCGGGAUUCAAGUAUUUUAAACAUGCACUACGCUUCUUACCCGACAUUCACGAGGAAGGCUCUAUCUUCUUCGUGGAGGUUCUUUGCUACGUUGCGUACUAUAUGCAGAAUCUCAAUCGUCGAGAUGCUGCGUUCCUUUAUAUCGGUCUUGCUCUUCGCAUGGCCAUUUCACUGGGACUUCAUCAAGAGGUCCUUGACCCAGACGUUAAUGAAGAAGAUCGGAAUCGUCGGCGGCGGGCUUGGUGGUCGGUGUAUAGUCUGGAUCGGUUACUCUCACUGGUUCUUACCUACUAUACACAAUUGUCUCGGAUUUUGGGUAGGAUAGGCGAAGAAAUAUAUCGCAAGAAGCCACGAUCUGGCUCGAACUUGCUAGCGUCUGUGCAAAGUAUUACGGAUGAGCUUUCCGACUGGCUGCGACGUAUACCUGAUCGUCUCCGUAUCGACUUCUCCACACUGGGUACUCACAUCAAUCGGGAGUCGGUCUCGAUAUUUUUACACUUUUAUUCCUGUGUCAAUAUGACCGCACGGCCUUUGGUCUUCUACGUCAUUCAACGUCGGCUCGAUGCUGAAGAAGGGGGCUCUGCAACCCGGGACUGGAAAGAAGGGCUAUCGCAAAACACCGUAGCGGUGAUUGAGAGCUGCGUGGCAGCAGCUCGGGCCACCACCCUUAUAAUGGAUGCAGCAGCGAAACACAACUUGGUCGCUACGUACGGCUACCUAGACGGAGAGUACAUCUUUUCCGCCGCCCUUUUACUUGUGAUGGUCAAUGCCGCAUUCCCAUACAACUCUGCUAAUGCACGAGCGAUGGAGAUAUCGAUAAACUUGCUUCGCAGCAUGGCUGACCGAGGCAACACCAACCUGGCUGCUCGUCACUCCCUUCUUCUUGAAUUACGAUCUUCUAUUGGUCAGAAGAGCUGCAAGCAAGGAGACGCUGCGGGAGUGCCCGUUACGCCCAAUAGCACACAGCAGCCAACGCCGUCACAGAACGCAGUCGAUCACCCGACGGGGGAGGCUUCUUGGACCCCACAGCAAGAAAUACCUUCGAUGCAGGAGAUCUCGUUUAACUUUGAUGUCAACGACGAUCCCGGACUGUGGGAGGAGGUUCUAGGCCAGAUUGACAUUGAUAUGGAUACUGAUUGGAUUGAGAAUACUUUAAAGAAAUGA